AAUUGUACGUGGAUUGAACUAAUAUUGAUACUGAUUAAUUAUACUGAUAAAUGAUUGGACCUUUGGAACUCACAGGGUGGUAUAGGGAAAAUGGUGUCCAAAUCUCAUAUAAGAUCUGUGCUAACAACCUUAAUUGUGUGUUCCUAUAUAUGUAGUAUACGUGGUCAGGCUCAGGUCCCAUUACACGGUUUAGACAGAAAUAUUUGUGAUCCGGCUACUAUUACAAAUUCGCUAACCCCAAAGAAGCCCACACUAGCCGAAACAUACAGACUAACUGUUGAAUGUAAUAUACAAAACAAAAAUUAUAGCACAGACUAUACGGAAUAUUUUGAUUAUCAAAAUCAGAGAGCAGCUGUCCACCAAUGGGAUGAGGGUUUCCAUGCAUAUGGGAUCUACAAUUAUGCUUCAAACGAAAUGUUUACAGUGGAAGCUCAAACAGGAGUUUGUACAGUUGACCCACUUAGUUCAUCAUCUAACACAUUCUUAUUCGGAUUUAAAACAAGUGCUACAAAUCCUAAAGUAGGAAGAAUGUUCAGUGCAUAUGGAGCUCUGAGGUUUGGUAAUGGUACCAAUGAACAAUGGGUAGGACGGACACAAAUCAGGGGUAUGCAAGUUGACCAAUGGAAAUCUUGUCAGUACUGGUCAAGUAUGGAUGCUACGAUGACCGUUAAUUGGUAUUUUACAACACCAGACUGGGGAAUGGCUGACGGCAGAAAGCAAGUUCCGGUCAGAUGUACAGUUACCGGAAACAUCUGGGAAGUAAAAGGAAGUGUUCGUGCUGCUAGAGCAUUCACACACACCUACGAAUUUUCUGAAUAUCUAACUGACGACAUGGCUCAGCUUACUACUACAACGUUUGAGACGCCAUCGGGAGUUAUAUGUCCAGGCAGAAAAGACACGAAAGUUUUACCAACACCUGCUACAGCUUUUAAAUUCACUUCUGAGAUAUUGACGCCUGAUUCUCUUACAAUAGGAUUUAUAAAGGAAUGGUAUGACCAGAACAUGGGCUUGGUAAGAUAUGACUACGUACCAGACUCUCAGUCUGUUAGUCCAUUCGGUUACGGUCUACUUACUCAGGUUCACGACUUCAAUGAAGGAAUAGCAUACAUCAUCGAUCCAGCAGUAGGUAAUUGUACUGCACAGCCUAUAGACGGGACUGGUUUUGACGCUAAGUUUGUAGUUGGAUCAAACAAUAUGAAAGUCAGAAUUAGGACACCAGCAGAGUUCUUCUAUUUUGAUAAAACAAAUUAUGCAUACGAAGGUGUUAAAUCUGUCAGAGGAGUAGAUUGUGACGUGUACAUCACACAGAGAACUGAUUGGCCACCAAAUACAUCAGGCUACAAUUCUACGUGGGAAUGGUAUUUUGCUAAGAAAACCUGGGUCCAGAGUACAGGACAUACUUAUGACUUUGGAAUGCCAAUGAUGUUGUUGUUGAAAGCCGAUGGAAUUGGGACCUAUAUCUACAAUAUUUACCAGUACGAUGAAGAGCAGCGAUCUAUUUGGGAAUUUGACACCAGCAAAUGUUAUAACUAUACAGACAAACAUGACUUCAUAUUUAGACUUCCGGGGAGUUAUCAAAACGUAGCGGCACCAAAUUUGCAGUUGUUCAAAUACUCGGUGUUGCUUGCCAUUAAAGGUGUAUCUAAUGUAUCUGCUGUUAGGAUUGCAAAUAUGCAGGUCGAUUAUGACGCCAAUGAUGUAAUAGUAUCCGUAUCCAUACUCGGUACAGCACUCAUACCAGGGAAUGUUCAAACUCCUGUAACACAAGUACCACUCAUUCAAGCUGUCACAGGUCUUACCAACGCUAUCAAUCAGGGAAAAUUCGUAGUAUCAGUGGCUGUGGGUACUAAAACAAUGACUUUAACAGCAAGGCCAUUUUCUCUUACACCUACAACAAUAAAGUUUGGUUAUUAUAAACCAGGACCUAACAAGACUGUUUAUUCAACAGGUGCUGUGGUUGGCCUUGCAGUAGGAAUGGCAGUGGUUGCCUUCAUACUAGGAUUCGGAGCUAUCUAUAUGUUCUACAAAAGAAACGGGGGAUCAUUUGUGAAAUCAGACAAGCCCAUGGAUAACCCUGCAUAUGAAAAUGCAUCUUAAUUAUUAUAUACACUGUUUAAAAAAUACUCAUAAAUCAUUGAACCAUUAUAAAUUUGUAUAUCCGUGCAGUCGUGCUAAUGUAAUGUACACGUUAUAUAUAUUUUUCAGUUAUGUGAAAGUAAAUUGUAUACAGUAACUCGUUCCCUACAAAUUAGGCUAUGGUACAAUGUAAUGACAUAAAGACACCGAUUAUUUGAUAGAAUUUAUAUAUAACUUCCUAAACAUUAAGUUAUCCAGUAAAACUUCUUGUAACCGUCAUUGUAACACAAAAAUGUUUAUUGAUAUUAAUAAAUGAAAUUUGUCAUAA